AGAAGAAACCCUGCAGAAGAAAAGCACUAGCUGAGUUGCCACCUGUGGCACUGGCAGGGCUACACAACCAGCACUGGCAUCCAUCAAGGGAAAGGCCACACAAGGCAGUGAUCUCCUUGGAGAAAGAAGCUGGUUUCCAAGGCUCGAGAGCACCUUGUUGGGAGCUAUGCUGAAGAAUCUGAAGGGCUGUGUGCUCAGCACCCAGUACUCCAGCUGCUAUGGGGCCCUGGGUCACUGAUUGGAUUGUUCUCAUGGCCAGAAGCCUUGUGCAAGCCUAAACCAACCUGGACUGGGAACUUUAUGUCUAGACAAAAUCCUCCUUCAGCACUUGCUGAUGAUUGUACAUGCCCAUGGUUUUGCUGGAGUGGAGGAGGACUGUGAAGAGCUGCAGGAGUCCCAGUGUAAGGUGUCUCCCCGGUACAAAUGACUGAUGAGAACUGCACCAGGGUGACCCACUUCAUCCUCCUGGGACUCACAGAGCAUCCACGCCUGAAGCCCAUCCUCUUUGCCCUCUUCCUGGGCAGCUACGUGCUGACCCUGGUGGGCAACCUCAGCAUCGUGGUGCUGGUCAGGGUCAGUCCUCAGCUCCGUACCCCCAUGUAUUUUUUCCUCAGUAACUUGUCCAUCUUGGACAUCUGCUAUUCCUGCACCAUCAGCCCCAAAAUGUUGUURGAUCUUUCACAAAAGCAUACGGCCAUUUCUUUUGCUGCCUGCAUCACGCAGUUUCACUUCUACGCUGUUUUUGCCGCAGUUGAGGUCUACCUUCUGGCCGCCAUGGCGUACGACCGCUACGUGGCCAUCUGCAACCCCCUGCUCUACGGGGUCGUCAUGUCCCCUGGGCUCUGUACGUGCCUGGUGGCUGGGUCCUACCUUGCCGGGCUGCUGAAUGCCCUGGCCCACACCAGCGCCUUGCUCCAGCUCUCCUUCUGUGGCCCUYGGGCCAUCAACAGCUUCUUCUGUGACGGGCCCCCAUUGUUCGUUCUGUCCUCCACCGACACGUGGCUCAACGAGCUCGUGAUGUUUUUGUUGGUGGGCUUCAACUUGACCGCCACCAACCUGCUCAUCGUGGUGUCCUACGCCCGCAUUGCGGUGACCGUUGCGAGGAUGCGCUCCGCUGAAGGCCAGCGCAAGGCCUGCUCCACCUGUGCCUCCCACCUGGCCGCUGUCACCCUUUUCUACAUAUCUGCUACUUUCAACUAUAUGCAGCCCAGUUCGAUGAACUCAAUGGAAAAUAAGAAGAUUGCUUCUAUCUUUUAUAGCAUUAUAGUCCCCAUGUUGAAUCCCUUGAUUUACAGUCUGAGGAACAAGGAGGUGAAGCAUGCCAUAAUCAAUAUUAUCAGUAGGAAAAUGUACUUUUGAAAGUCAUUUUUAUUUCAUAUUAUUUAUAUAUAUAUAUUCACAGUUUUCCCCCCUCUCUCUUGAGAGAGAAUGUUCCACACAAGCCUCUGAUAUUGCUGCUUCCAAAGUUGUUUGAAGCCUCAAGGAUUGGGAUGGGGAAAUUGAUUAGUGUUUUAGGGAAAAUAUCAGUCUGAUGGUGCUCACUGACAUAGCUACAUCUUUCUCGUCUGAAAAACAAACUGCUUGUCCAGUUACUCUGCCCACCAUGUAGUAGUCACCUUGCCCCUUCAUGAGCUGGAGAUGGUUCUAGCGUGUAUCUGCACGCAAUAUCACAGAACGGUUGAGGUUGGAGGAAACCUCUUGAGAAGUCCAGUCCUUGCCUGAUGUGCAAGUAGGAUUUCCUACAUUUUAUUUUGUCUCUUCA